AUGGUCGUUUACGGCGGUGAUGAUGUCUCUGCUCUGGUGCUCGACAUUGGAGCCCACACCGUUCGCGCUGGAUACGCGGGUGAUGACAGUCCAAAGAGCGUCUUUUCGACGUCAUAUGGGUAUAGAGACGAAACAGUUGAAGAAAAUGGUCAAAGUGUCACAAAGAAGAAGGUAUGGUGUGGGGAUUUUGGACCUGCAUUAUGGAAGCCUCGACAAGAAGUUGGGAGUCCAUUCCGCGAGGGAUUGUUAGAAGAUUUUACUUACAUCCCCAACAUCAUCAAUCACGCCUUCAACGACACACUGUAUUGCGAUCCGGCGGACCACCCUGUUCUUGUGACUGAACCAGCUUGGAAUACUCCCGCCAAUAGAGAGCGUAUGGCCGAAAUUUUAUUUGAGGAGUUCAAGGUUCCCGCCUUCUAUAUUGCCAAUUCUGGGGUCUUAUCUGCGUCAGUCGACUUACUCUUAUGUUAUGCCACGUCAUAA